GCCAGCCCCGCACACUCGCUCCCUGCAGUCACCUCCGCCCACCCAACCCCAAGAAGUGGCCAGAGCGCAAAGUAGCAGAGUCGCUGCGGGCUCCGACGUUAGGAACCUGAUCCCCGCAUUGCUAGUGGGACUGCAGGACGCGGAGGGACAGACUGAUCAGCGCAAGAACUGGCAACCGGAGACAGUGGCUACUCCCGAGAGAGGAGCGGAGCAAAGCCGGGACACACACACACUCUCUCUCUCUCUUCCUGGUGCGGACAGACUGACAGGCAUACAGAAAGACAAGAGUUCAGCAGUCGGGAUUGGCGGGCAGGCUCUUUAGCGACGACCUCCAAGCGUCCGGAGCGGCGAAAGUCCGCCAGCCGCAGCCACGCGGUCCCCACCAGGGCUGUGUCUGGGCUGCGAGAGGACCCCUGCCUCCAAGCCGAGGGCUCCUUUCGCUAGCAGUUAAAUAAAUCGACCAAACAUCAGAGGCAAGUUACAAACCAAACUGGCCCAACCAAAGCAUUCACUGAGAAACAAUAAUUAUUCACAAAAGCCCCAAACGAAAUCCAGUCAGUCAAGGCACCCGGACGCUGAGUAACUCCUCUCUGUUCCUUCAGGUUGUCGGCCAUGUGUCAGACUGUGUAAGGGAACUGCCCGGAGAUGCACAUUCUGGAUUGCUGAUGGGGACAUGGGACGGCAGUUACCUCUGAUCACUUGUGUGGAUUCUCCCGGGGCAGAACGACAGAAGCCGGCCGGCCGUCAUUCGUCCAGAUCUCCCGCUGGAAUUCCGUGUGAAAGGACCUAAAACCUCGUUGUUUUAACUUGCAUCUGGGAGAAUGUCUGAGCAAGGAGAACUGAACCCAACCAUAGUGGAGGAAGGGCGGACUGAGCCAGAGUCUGCCCCGGAAAAUGGCAUCCUCAAAUCGGAAAGUCUGGAUGAGGAAGAGAAGCUGGAACUUCAGCGGCGACUGGCGGCUCAGAACCAAGAGAGAAGAAAAUCCAAGUCAGGAGCAGGCAAAGGGAAGCUCACCAGAAGCCUGGCUGUCUGCGAAGAGUCUUCUGCUAGACCUGGAGGGGACAGUCAUCAAGAUCAGGAAUCCAUUCAUUUACAGCUUUCCAGUUUCCCCAGCCUGCAAGAGGAGGAUAAAUCUAGGAAGGAUGAUUCUGAGAAAGAAAAAGAAAAGGAUAAAAACAGAGAUAAACCCUCUGAGAAAUCCAAGAUCAGAAUGUUAUCAAAAGAUUGCAGCCAAGAGUAUACGGACUCUACAGGCAUAGACUUGCAUGAGUUUCUGAUCAACACUCUGAAGAACAAUUCCAGGGACAGGAUGAUACUCUUGAAAAUGGAGCAGGAAAUGAUUGAUUUCAUUGGUGACAGCAACAACCACUAUAAAAAGUUCCCCCAGAUGUCAUCGUAUCAGAGGAUGCUGGUCCAUCGGGUGGCGGCCUACUUUGGACUGGAUCACAACGUGGAUCAAACUGGAAAAUCUGUCAUCAUCAACAAGACGAGCAGCACCAGAAUACCAGAGCAAAGGUUUUGUGAACAUUUAAAAGAUGAAAAAAGUGAAGAAUCCCAGAAGCGGUUUAUCUUGAAGCGAGAUAACUCUAGUAUUGAUAAAGAAGACAAUCAGCAAAACAGAAUGCAUCCAUUUAGAGAUGACAGACGAAGUAAAUCAAUUGAAGAGAGAGAAGAGGAAUAUCAGAGAGUGAGGGAGAGAAUAUUUGCACACGAUUCAGUUUGCUCCCAGGAAAGUCUAUUUUUGGACAACAGUAGGCUCCAGGAAGACAUUCACAUAUGCAAUGAGACCUAUAAGAAAAGACAGCUCUUUCGGGGUAACCGAGACAGCUCGGGAAGGACUUCCGGGAGUCGGCAGAGCAGCUCAGAGACAGAGCUCAGGUGGUCCGACCAGCAGCGGGCCUGGAGCAGCACAGACUCUGACAGCUCCAACCGCAAUUUGAAGCCCACCAUGACCAAGACAGCAAGUUUUGGGGGCAUCACGGUGCUGACCAGGGGUGACAGCAUGUCCAGUACCAGGAGUGCUGGGAAACUGUCCAAAACAGGUUCUGAGUCUUCCAGCAGCGCAGGGUCCUCAGGAUCGUUGUCCCGCAACCACCCGCCUCUGCAGACCACGGCCCUGACCUCUAGCGUGGCAGCUGGUUCUCCUGGUUGUAUGCCCUAUUCAGAGAAUGGGAUGGGGGGCCAGGUCCCUCCCAGCAGUACCAGCUACAUCCUGCUUCCACUUGAAACUGCAACUGGUAUUCCACCUGGAAGCAUCCUUCUUAAUCCACACACAGGUCAGCCCUUUGUGAACCCGGAUGGAACUCCUGCAAUAUACAAUCCUCCUGGAAGUCAGCAGACACUGCGUGGCACUGUUGGGGGGCAGCCCCAGCAGCCCCCUCAGCAGCAGCCAUCCCCUCAGCCCCAGCAGCAGGUCCAACCAUCGCAGCCCCAGAUGGCAGGAUCAUUGGUCUCUCAGUCUGUCCAGGGCCUGCAGCCGUCUUCCCAGUCCGUGCAGUAUCCAGCGGUCUCUUUUCCCACCCAGCAUCUCCUGCCUGUGUCGCCAACACAACACUUCCCCCUGAGAGAAGAGGUGGCCGCGCAGUUCAGCCAGCUGAGCAUGAGCAGGCAGUCCUCCGGAGACACCCCAGAACCUCCCUCGGGCCCAGUCUACCAGGCCUCCCUCAUGCCACAACCAGCGCAGCCACCAAGCUACGUCAUCACUUCUGCAGGCCAGCAGCUCUCCACAGGGGGCUUCUCGGACUCUGGUCCGCCCAUCUCCCAGCAGGUCCUGCAGGCCCCGCCCUCUCCCCAGGGAUUUGUACAGCAGCCUGCACCUGCGCAGAUGCCCGUAUAUUACUAUCCAUCUGGUCAGUACCCUACCUCAACCACACAGCAGUACCGGCCCCUGGCCUCAGUCCAGUACAGUGCUCAGCGGAGUCAACAAAUACCCCAGACAGCACAGCAAGCAGGUUACCAGCCAGUCUUGACUGGUCAGCAGGGCUUCCAAGGCCUGAUGGGAGUACAGCAGUCCCCUCAUGGCCAGGGUGUGAUGAGCAGUCAGCAAGGAACCCCAGUGCAGGGCGUGAUGGUCUCCUACCCAACCAUGUCUUCUUAUCAGGUGCCAAUGACCCAAGGUUCUCAAGCAGUGCCCCAGCAGACAUACCAACCGUCAAUUAUGCUGCCCAACCAGGCAGGUCAAGGGUCACUGCCAGCCACCGGAAUGCCUGUGUACUGUAACGUCACGCCGCCAACCCCUCAGAACAACCUAAGGUUGAUGGGUCCACACUGCCCUUCCAGCACGGUUCCGGUCAUGUCUGCUAGCUGCAGGACAAACUGUGCAAGCCUGAGUAACGCGAGCUGGCAGGUCAAGUUCUGAGAGCUGGGGCUGCCUGCGGGCCACGUCGUCAGAGGGUAACUCAUGGCCUUCACGGGAGGAGGAGACGCGCAACUGGCUGAGGACUUCCGUAUUCACUCAACACUCGAACGACUGCUGCUGGUGUUCUGUACAAACUAAUCAAAGACUAACACAUACAUUAGCUGGUUAAUGGUGCAUAUCUCCAUCAUGUCUGCUAGGUCUGCCUUUGUAGCUCAGCUAGUGACAUGAACUCAUCAAGGUAAGAUUUUCUCCUACCACUGAAUACCACUGUGUAGAUUACAAUAUCCCUGAUUCGGAUUAGUUUUGUACUUUGUGUUGAGUUUGUGAUGCUAAAAGUAUUUAAAAUAUAUAUAAACUAAAUCACACUGUACCAAAGCUGUAAUGAGAAAGAAGAGAGCUAAGGAAUGGAAGGAAUAAUUUAUAUACACUAUAGAGUUUUCUUUUUUUAAAUGGAUAUAUAUGGUAUUGUAGUGUUUAAUCCAAAUAAAAGCUUAUUUGACCUUGUGGAGGAAGGUCAUGUUUUUAUCA